AUGAGGAAUGGGAACAACAUAGCAGUCUACCUUGUCAACCUGUCCAUUUCUGAUCUGCUCUACACAAUUACUCUUCCUGUGUGGAUUGAAUUGGCCAAGGAGAGUCCUAUAGGUGGUGGUCUCUGCAGCCUAGUGACUGUGAUCAUGUUCAACAGCUUUUACGUCGGCUCUGGCCUCCUUUGCUGCAUCUCCGUUGAUCGCUAUGUAGCAGUGGUCUAUCCUCUCCAGUUUCACUGGGUCAGGGAGGUGCGGACAGCAGCAGUUGUGAGUUUUGCUGUAUGGGUUUUGGAGAUUGUCAUCCACAUUAUCUUACUUGACCACACAGGGGCGCUGCAAGCAUUCUCCUCAAGUGAUUUGUGUGAGGAUAGAGUACCCAUGACACAAGAGAGUGCCAACCUUGCUCUCACUCGGGUCAGCCUUGGUUUCCUGGUCCCCGUCUUCUUCAUGACUUUUUGCUUUCAGCAGAUCAUGCGAUCACUCAAACAGAGCACUUCCAUCAUGGUGGAGGAGCGCAGGAAAGUAGGACUGCUGUUGUUGUCCCUGUUUCUAACCUACACAGCAGCCUUUGUGCCCUACCAGACUGUCAUGCUACUCAGGGCCAUACUGGAGCCCAGAGCCUGCAUCUGGGCCACCAAGCUCAGAGAUCCAUAUCUUGUCAAAGUCACCACCACAACCAUAAACAGUGUUUUUACCGAAUGCCCAACCUCACCACUCUCGUUUGGCAUGACACAGAUUGCCUCUGGAUUUUCAUGA